AUGAAGUCCACCAUUGGCAUCGCUGUCCUGGUGACAGUGCUUCAAGUUGCUCAGUGCCAAAAUAUCCGGGCAUUGAAAGCCUGCUUAAAAGACCAGAACCUGCGUUUGGAGUGUGAGUACGAGAAUAAGACUGACAACCCCCUGAGUUUCGAGUUCCGCAUGACCAAGGACUCCAGGGCGAUGCGCGUUGUCGCCAGCAACAUUGGCGUGCCUGAAGCCUCCUUCAGGAACCGCGCCAACGUCAGCCUCCACAGGAACGAGGUGCGCCUCCACGUCUACGGGUUCACGGCCGCCGACGAAGGCAUCUACGUGUGCCAGCUGAAGAUCACCAACGACUUGCCUGGCCUCCAGACCCAGAACAUCACUGUUGUCAAAGACAAGCUAGAAAAGUGUGCCGGAAUCAGCCUUCUCGUCCAGAACACUUCGUGGCUUCUCCUCCUCCUCCUCUCCUUGCCUCUUCUGCAAGCCGUGGAUUUCGUGUCCCUCUGAAGACAGAGCAAGAAGCAAGCAAAA